GGGCCGGAGCGCUCUUGAGCACAGGAGAAAACGCAGAGAAGGCAGGUCCUGUCUGAGGUCUGGCAAUUGGGGACAAAGCCGGGCGCCCAGGCCCUAACGCCCACGGCAGCACCAAGCCCUCACUCCUGGAGCACCCCAAGCUCUCCAACGCCAUGGCCAGGGCACUGCACCGGCACAUUAUGUUGGAGACGGAGCUCAAGCGGCAGGAGGAAGAGGUCGACAAGUUGAUGGAACAGAAGAGAAGGAAGAACAGUAGGGAAGGAAGUAAAAAGAGAUGGAAGAGAGGAUGUCACUAGAGGAGACCAAGGAACAAAUCCUGAAGUUGCAGGAGAAACUUUUGGCCCUACAGAAAGAAAAGCACCAGCUUUUUCUGCAGCUCAAGAAAGUUUUACAUGAGGAAGAAAAAUGGAGGCGAAAGGAACAGAGUGACCUGACCACCCUAACAUCAGCUGCAUACCAGCAGAGCCUGAGUGUUCACACAGGAACUUAUAUCCUCAGCCUGCAGGGGAGCCCUGGAGGACACAAUCGCUGGGGCACCCUCAUGGCAGCUGACAGAGCUAAACAACUCUUUGGACCCCAAGUGCUUAUGACCCAGCACUACGUGGGCUCAGCAGCUGCUUUUGCAGGGACACCAGAGCCCACACAACUCCAAGGCAGCCCUGGUGGUGCCUAUGGGACUGCUUAGCCCCCACUUCACUAUGGGCCCACACAGACAGCUUAUAGUUAGUCCUAAUCAGCCCCUCCGUGCUCCUUCAGCGUUCCCUGCUGUGCAGUACCUGUCUCAGCCACAGCCACAGCCCUAAGCCGUGCAUGGCCACUUUCAGCCUACUCAGACAGGUUUCCUCCAGCCUGGUGGUGCCCUGUCCUUGCAAAAGCAGAUGGAACAUGAGUGGCUUCUCCCACUCAUCCUCUCUGCUCCCCAUUCACAGGCUCUGCAUCUAGCCUUUGAGCUCCUUGCUUCCUUCCAGCUGUGCAUAUGCAACCCGCAGGAAAGUCAGGCUUUGCAGCUACCAGCCAAGCUGGCUCUCCACCCCCUUCAUCCAACACAGCCAGAACCCAUGAUUUGACCACAAGUGACCAUCAGAUUAUAUAUUCAGCACUAUACCCCCACCCCACCAUGGGUGAUGGUACCCCCUGUGUGUCCCAGGAACAAUAAAAUCUGACUGCCACUGCC